AUGAAGUUAUCGAGCUAUGACUUCAUUGGACAGAACAUCAAGGACGGCUGGAAGUGGAGCUGGUUCCAGGCUUCGAGGAUCGAUCGUCCCCCAUAUCCAAUCCAAAGAUGGGUUGCAAAACUUCUUAUACACAAGCAUCAGUUAGAAUACCCUAGAUCCAAUACCUGCGCAUCCGAUAGAGCGCAUGCCGACAUGGCUAGUGAAGCAGCUACAGCAGAUAGCGAAAAGGCGACCAUGUCGAUGGGUACACCCCGUGAAGCUCUUGCAAAAGACGUUGUUUUGGCACAUGCGGCCACAACACUCCAAUAUCGUAGCUAUACGUUUUGUUUGUAUUUUCGAAACAUUCAUUUGGUAAUUAAGAUUUUUCAGCAACGGCAUCGAAUCUGGUUGCGCUUGCAGGAACUUCUGGACUUGGCAGACAUUACCGCAGAAGUGCCAGGCAAAUAAGU